GUGGUCGUUCACCCGUGGAACUUCUUAUCCUAGGUCGACUCCGUGUUGAAGAUGUCGUUCGAUGCACAAGCCCCAACAGGCCCAAGCGUUGUGAUUAUCGGAGCGGGCGUGGGUGGCUUAGGCUUUGCCAUAGCACUGAAGAAACAACUCGGCUGCCAUAACAUCACAAUCUACGAGAAGGCCAAUGAUGUUGGUGGUACUUGGCGGGACAACACCUAUCCAGGGUGCAGUUCUGAUGUGGCUGUCCACUAUUAUUCUCUUUCGACAGACUUGAAUCCUCGGUGGAAGGGCUCUCACGGGUCCCAGCCCGAGCUUCAUGCCUAUCUCAAGGAUUUAACUAAUAAACAUUCUCUUCGCGAUAAUAUUGAGUUCAACUCCAAAUUCAUAUCAGCAGAUUGGGACUCUGCUCGUCAAUCAUAUGAUUUGGUUAUUGAGGAUGUUCUUACGGGGGUAACAAGGGCAGCGAGCGCGAAUAUUCUCAUUUCUGCUGUCGGCGUUCUUGCAAUUCCUAAAUAUCCUACCACCUUGCCGGGCCUAUCGACAUUCAAAGGCAACGCAUUCCAUUCUGCUCGCUGGGACCAUACCGUCGAUUUUCGUGGGAAGAGGGUUGCAGUUAUUGGGAAUGGGUGUUCGGCGAUAUCCGUAGACCCCAGUGUCCAACUCGUCAACUUUACGGCUACACCCUAUUCCGAAUGCUCGAAAUGGAUUUUUGCUCAUGUCCCUGGGGUGAUGAGGCUUUAUCGGAACACGCUCAUGGCUAUGUAUGAUUCUCGCUAUUUGCUGUUUGUGAGCACUUGGGCACGACGCAAGUUCACGGAGUUUUUGAAGAGAUUCAUGCUCGACGCGGCUCCUGCCGAGAUCCAUGACAAAAUUAUUCCAAAUUAUGAGUUGGGAUCUAAGCGACUCAUUGUUGAAAGAGGCGACGGUUACCUCGCGUCGUUCAGGCGUCCCAAUGUCAACAUGAACUCUGACGGGAUUGCUGAAGUUACAGAGAAUGGGAUACUUACUCAGAAGGGCGAGCAUAUGCCUUUUGACGUUAUAAUAUAUGCGACCGGAUUUGAUACGGAUAAGUUUUCGUAUCCUGUUCGUGGCCUGAAGGGGCAGUCUAUGGAGGAAUUCUACGAUUCUCAAGGGGGACCCACUGCAUAUCUCGGAACAACGUUCCCAGGCUUUCCUAAUUUCUAUGCUCUCACUGGUCCUAAUACCUGCAAUGGACACACCUCUGUCAUCUUCCUCGAAGAGUGUCAGAUCUCCUACUGCCUUCAACUUAUCAAGCCCGUGGUACAAGGCCUGGCGUCGUCUUUCGCCAUCAAGAUGAAGCCCACUCUGGCUUAUGACUCCUGGGUCCAACGCCGCCUCUCAUGCUCCCUCUUCACGCAAUGUUUCUCCUGGUACCGCCGCGAAGGAUCCAAAAAGAUUUCCACCAUAUUCCCCGGUCCCUUGACAUUGUUCUGGUGGCUUACCCGUAGUCCGCAAUGGGAGCACUAUGAAGUCGAAGGAGGAGAGAAGUGGGAGAAGCAGCGUCGCAUGGCCAGGAUUUCUAGGGCUGUAGGCUGUAUAUCUCUCAUCGUAUUUUCAAACUGGGCGCUCUCGCCCCGGGAAAUGAUUCCGAACACGUUGAGCCGUUUCGGGACACAGCUCCUCAAGUUUCCUAGGGUACCUCUAGGCACUUUUUUCCAAGGCUUUGCUUAAGAAGCCCAACUAAUGUCGUCACCCCCUGACACUUCCCACAACCUGGUUGAACCACCACAUUCCUUGACUUUUCCCUCAACUUCUCUCUCUUAAUCAAUUUGACCAUCUCGUGUCAAACCUUCACUCCUUUAUUAUAAUCAAGAGAAAUGAAUUUCUCUAUUUCAGUCCUUACCAAACGCGCUUGUCUUAGUGUUGUAACCAUAGCUGUUUACUUCGUUUACUUAAUCUUAAUUCGUGACAUUCGUACAGCUAUCUGUUGCCAACGUUGUAUCCUCCUUUCAGAUUUCAGAUUUCAGAUUCCAUCGAUUCAGAUUUCACCUUUUCUCAUGUUGUUUUUCAUACAAGUUUUGUUUCUCUCCCUUUCUGUAGCCACUGCAGUGUAUUGUCAGUCGAUGCAGCCUUCUAAUGAGAUGAGUCAUUUCGCUUUC